UUGUUAAUGUUUAUAAGAAAUGGACGAAAGCAACACUUACCUACACAGUGCCUUCGAAGUGGCUAUCAUUCCGACGGAUCUCCAUCAUGAGGAGACGAUAAUCAAAGCAGCCCAGUCACUGGACUGUCUACACAAAACAAUCAAUUCAAUAUUUGAGAGAAUCGAUGCUCGGUUGGAAAGGAAUGGUGCCAAAGUACGGGAAAUAAACCUGCGAGUAAAACGGGCGCAGGAAAAAAUCGAUGCACAAUUGGUUGGCUCCAAAAGGGCCAUCAAAAUCUUCGCACCCGCCCGUUUCCCGGCCAGUGACGUUCUAGCAAAGAUUCCGGCCACCUUUCCUCAGGUGGCUCAAAAGCUAAUGACCGAACACCAGAAGCAGGAGCAGGCGCAGACAGAUUUCCGGCAAAGAUGCAGUGCUCCAUGCUCGGAUCUCAAGCCAGAUGAUGAGCUGGUCCUCUUCCAUGUAAGAGCUGAGGAGCAGUACGAACCGCCUUUGGUUAGUGAUCGGAAAAUGACCAAUCGCUCUUCCGGCCUGGGUGAUUUGCCCUUAGCCGGGGUCAAAUCUGUGUCGUCUUUGUUGAGGUUUAAUACAAAUGAGUUUGCUUACGGAGAGGAUUUGAAUGCGUGGAAGCGGUGUCUGCCUCCGCAAAUUCAGAAGCGCGGAGGAACCCAUUUAAAGAAGCCAUUGGCGACGGGAGAGCAACUUCUGGCACCGGCCCCACACUCUUUGCAUUAUGGAGCCACAAAAUUAGUUACACCGUCAGGAGAUUUGCGUUAUACACCGAUGGCUCAGGCUGCUCCGGCUAUUGACGUGCCGCUGGAUUUGCCUGACUUACCGGGAAUAGCCAAGGAUUUGCAGUAUGAACCGGUUGAAGAACCAGCGCGGAUUGCCCCAUCCGAGCAGUUUAACGAUCUCCCAGAUUUGCCGGGCUUAAGUGAUGUGGAAGAGGAAAUUACAGUGCAAGCAGUUGCAGCUCAGAUGCACAUUCCUAUCCCUAUUAAGAGAACGUCGGGAUCUAUGUCAACUAGUCCACCUCCUCCGCCACCACCACCACCGCCGCCACCUCCACCCCCGCCGCCAAUGUCAGAUUUGUCAAAAAGGCGAAACUCUCAAUCACUACCGCCUUUACCCACAAGUGGCGCGAUUAAACCCCUUUCACCAUCACCUGAAACGCCGCUCAUCAUGCCCAGUACACUUCCACCUGCUGCAUCGCCUAAUCCACGUUCCGAACUGAUGGAAGCCAUAAGAAACGCUGGUGGAGCACUUGGUGGCCGUCUACGCUCUUCAGCAGCUGCUCCGCUGGAUGUGGUUGAUACAACCAGACACAAAGCUGGAUCAGCUGCUGUAACUGGCGAUCUCAUGGCUGACUUGCAUAACAAGCUUAUGCAGAGGCGCAAGGGAAUCUCGGGCAGUCAAAAUCCCAAUGAUGCAAACCUUGCCAGUGGUAAUCCCAUGAUGGUUCAGUUAUCCCGCGUCAUACCUCCGCCCGUGCAACCACGGAAAAAUUCUAACACAAACUCCCAGUCCAGCGAGGAUGACGACGACGCCUGGUCAGAAUAGGAAGACCACAGGGGGAGAAAUAUAGCCUUAUGUUCUGCUCAUGAUGUGCCUUGCAUGGCUUUAAGCACUUAGCCAAAUUUACUUUUAUUAUGCUACUCAACGACCCGCAAAGCGAGCAUUCAAAAUUAUUCAAAAGUUUAAAUAAAUCAACGAAAAAGAAAAAAGUCGAAAGUGUAAUAUGUACAUAUGUUAUCUACGCGUGUAAAAAACUAUCAAAUCAGCUGUUUUUUUGGUUAUUUGA